AUGGUUAACAUUCUAAAAAACUUAAGAAAACGACUCGACAACAACAAAACAUUCAGACCAUACCGUCCCGACCGAGAUUCAGAAAUCGAUCGCGCCCAGAUACAUCAUCAUUUGAUAAAUGCCGUGUGGGGAAAUAAUUAUUCGGCGCCAGUGCAAGAAAAGUUAAAGAAAGGGGCUCGUGUGUUGGAUGUGGGAUGUGGUCCAGGCACCUGGAUAUGCGACAUGGCAUCCGACUACAAAAACUCCACAUUUUUCGGAAUUGACAUCCUCCCAAUAUUCCCUACUGAACGUCCAUUCAACGCGUUUUUCAAAAUCGGCAACGUGCUAAAUGGCCUAAAAUUCUCGAACGAGUCGUUUGAUUUCGUGCAUAUGAGUUUGAUGGGUCUCUGGUUGACCCAGGAACAAUACGAGAAAGUGGUGUUGCCAGAAUUGAUUAGGCUUGUGAAGCCUGGUGGAUGGAUUGAGAUUAUGGAACCGGAAUUAGAAAUUUACAAUGCUGGUCCACGUAUAACAAAAGCACAAAAAAAACUUCAAAGAGAAUUAAAAAAACAAGGACGUGAUCCCUUGCUCCCAAUAGAAGUCGAUCGCUUCCUCCAUUCCUCAUACCAGCUAACAAACGUCACACAAAAACGAAAAGAAUGUGCAGUCGGCAUUGGACCUUCGGAUCUAUAUAUCAGCUAUGCUGCGAAAAUGGAUGAUACGGACUGUUUGUCGUCUUAUUCGUCAUCGACUACGACGAUAAAUGCGAAUAAUUCGAAUAGUGAGACGAGUGCGAAUAGUAAUCACAAUCAUACGAACGGUGGGAGAAGUGAUACAAGCACUAUCAGCGAAAACGCCGAAAGACAAAUCGGACUACUUGGUGCUCAAAUAACUAUCUCGUCGUUGGUCAGUUCGCUAGUCUCUCUGUAUGAAGUGCGACAACGGAAUUUCGAACGUAAGGCCAGAGUUGGCAUUUGGGCUGCGGCCAAGAAUUUUUUUGCCAUAGUUUUUGGCCAUCCAAAAUUUUAUUUGCAUUUGCCCGCGAAAUCUUAA